CACAGCACAAAAGCCUUCAAGUAGCUAUUCGCCCUCUCAUGUAUAGUUGAACAAUGUCAGCUCUACCCUUGGCCCUUCCCUCCCAACCUCAAGAUACAACCCGCAAAAAUGUCCGUCGAUCCACGUCUAGUUAUCACCCUAGCCUCUGGAAGGAUUAUUUCCUUCAACAUUCUUCCGAUUCCAUGAAAAUUGAACCUAGAAUACAAGACGAACAUGAAGAAUUAAAGCAACAAGUAAAGAGAAUGAUAACUGAUGCUACCACAAUCAAACUUUCAAAGAAAUUGCAUUUGAUAGAUCCGAUUCAACGCUUGGGCAUUGUUUACCAUUUUGAGAUAGAAAUUGACAAUGCCUUAGAGAAGAUACAUCUCAGUGGUGUCGAUCAUGUUGAAUAUGAUCUUCAUACAACUGCUGUUUGGUUUCGGUUACUUAGACAACAAGGAAUCAAGUUCCAUCUGUUAGUUGCACUGAUGGUGUUAUUGCUAUAUAUUGAUGUAGAGAUAUUCAAGAAAUUCAUGGAUGAAAAGGGAAAAUUCAAGGAAGAUUUAGUAAAUGAUGUGCUUGGAAUGUUAAAUCUAUAUGAGGCUGCACAUCUUCAAUUUCAUGGAGAAGAUAUCUUGGAAGAAGCUAUUGCUUUCACUACCUCUCGUCUUGAAUCAAUGGCAACAAAACUAAGCCCUUUGCUUGCAGAACAAAUAGCUCAUGCUCUAAUCCACCCCAUCCGAAAAGGUUUACUGAGAAUUGAAGCAAGGCAUUACAUCUCUUCGUACUCUGGAGAAACCCAUUUUACUUCCUCUAAUGUAGCAUUACUUAAAUUUGCAAGAUGGAUUUCAACACGGUACAAGCAUUGCAUCUAAAAGAACUCAAUGGAAUUACCAAGUAAGUUUGAUUUUCUCUCUCUCUCUCUCUCUCUCUCUUCAAUAAACUUCUAAUGAUGGU